AUGUCUCUUCCACCUCUUGCAGCAUUAACCUUACAAGAUCAUGAAGUAUCUACUAAGCUCAAUGCAGACUUCACACAUCCUAGUUGGCGUUUAAAAACCUUAACUACAACAGGACCUCGAAUAUCGAGCACUACGGGUUCACCUGUCGCUCCAAACCACGAUCCUACGGUCAAUGCAGACUUUACACAUCCUAGUUGGCGUUUAAAAUCCCUAACAACAGCAGGGCCUCGACUAUGGAGUACUCCACGCUCACCUGUCACUCCAAACCACGAUCCUACUGUUAAUGCAGAUUUUACACAUCCUAGUUGGCGUUUAAAUGCCUUAACGACAAAAGGAGUUCGAACAUCGAGUACUCGAGGCUCACCCGUUACUCCGGCCUUUACACACCCUAGUUGGCGGUCGGAUGCCUUGACCACUACAGCAGAACCUCGUGCAUCAUCGAGCACUCCCAGUUCACCUGUCAUUCCGCGUUUGACAGCCUUAACUAUGAAAGGCAGAGGGUUGACCACUCCUACCAGCGAUAUAUCCGCAGCUCUCACUCCAAAUACGCCCGGGAACAAUCAGGAUAUUGUGGUUCAUGACCUGGACUUUACGCACGGUAGUUGGCGGUUGAUCGUGAACGCGUUGCGUCAUCUGGCACUAGUGUAG